AUCGCCCCUUCCCGUCCGAUCGCGGCCGCACGGGUGGGCGGGCCGCCUCCGCCAGGAUGAUCACCAACACGCGCGGCUUCCUGUGGUCGGACCUGGAGACCCGGGCUCUGCUGGAGAUCUGGGGGGAGGCGGACGUGCAGAGCGCCCUGGACGGCAACUUUCGCAACAGCCAUGUGUACCGGGACGUGGCUUGCCGCCUGGCCGAGCUGGGCUUCGAGCGCACCCCGGAGCAGUGCCGCAUCCGCAUCAAGGGCCUCAAGCGCCAGUACUACCAGGCCCGGGAGGGGCUCAAGAAGAACGGGCACGCCAGGAAGAUCUGCAAGUACUACGACGAGAUGGACCGCAUCCUCAGCGGGAGGGCCGGCGCGGCGGGCCUCGACGACAGGCCUCUGAGCCCCGCGGCCGGCGGGGAGCCCGGGUGCCGGCGGAGGCAGCAGCAGCAGCACCCCGGCGCCCUGGCCGCCUCCGCCAUCCUGGCCGCCGCCGCCUCCGCCGCGCCCCCUUCUGCCAGGCCCGGCGGGGCUUUGCUUCGCGAGGUGGACGCGGAGGAGGAAGACGAGGACGAGCUGGACGAGGAAGGCGGCGAGCUGCUGGAGUCGCCCCCGAGGGACAACUUCCACGAGGAGUCCGGGGAGUGCUCCUCCUACGCCGAGCACGCCAUCAAAGUGGAGUGCCCGCCCUUCGCCAUCCCGCUACCGCCGGCAGAAGGUUUUAAACAAAUUAAUGCUCACACCAAUGCACCACCCUUAUUAUCUCAGGCUAAAAGAUCAAAAAAACGCCAUGCAAACUUAACACUGGACAAAAUGAUGGAGAAGUUUCUGCAACAAAGCAUGGAUACCGAAGAGAAAUUUUACAAAUAUGAAGAGCAGAGGCUUAAAAUCGAAGACAAACGGCGUGAAGCUGAGCACGCCAGAGAGCUCCAGAUGUUGCAGAUGUUGGGACAGAUGUUAGCAGGGAUUUCUUCCACAGUAUCACAAAGGUCCCAGUAUAUACCUAGCAAUCCUUCACAGAGAUCAAAUCACCGAUCAUACGGAGAUAAUUUUAAUUUUAAUUCUAUGUCAACAUCACUUUCGCCACCCAUAGUUAUAGAAAGAUCAUUCUCAGUGCACAAAACACAUUCUGUAAAGGAAAUGGAGAAUAUAUUUCAACUGGUGCGGAAUGUUAUUCCUCCUCUAACUGCCAAAAAGCAUAAAGGCCAAGAUGGACGAAUAGGAAUUAUUGGAGGAUGCCAAGAGUAUACAGGGGCACCGUAUUUUGCUGCAAUUUCAGCUCUCAAAGUGGGUGCAGACAUAUCCCAUGUAUUUUGUACCAAAGACGCAGCAACUGUAAUAAAGUCUUACAGCCCAGAGCUGAUAGUUCAUCCUGUUCUUGACAGCCCUGAUGCUGUUCAUGAAGUGGAAAAGUGGCUGCCACGUCUACACUCGGUUGUUAUCGGACCUGGAUUGGGUAGAGAUGAUGUACUGCUUGAGAAUGCCAAGGGUAUCAUAGAAAAAUCGAAGGUCAAAGGAAUUCCUAUCGUAAUUGAUGCUGAUGGUUUAUGGCUAAUUGCCCAGCAGCCAUCUCUCAUUCAGGGUUACCCUAGAGCGAUUCUUACUCCGAAUGCCAUGGAGUUCAGCAGACUGUAUGAAGCUAUGCUUAGGGACCCUGUUGAUAGCAAUGAUCAUCAUGGAUGUCUGCUAAGGCUCAGCCAAGCCUUGGGGAAUUUGACAAUUGUUCAGAAAGGCGAACGUGAUCUUAUUUCAGAUGGAGAAAAAGUGCUUGUAUGCAGUCAUGAAGGAAGCAGCAGAAGGUGUGGUGGACAAGGCGAUCUCCUCUCAGGUUCUCUUGGAGUCCUAGCACACUGGGCCUUUCUCGCUGGACCAGAAAAAACAAAUGGUCAGAACCCCUUCCUAGUGGCUGCAUUUGGAGCCUGUUCACUUACGAGGCAGUGCAACAACCAAGCCUUUCAGAAGUGUGGACGGUCUAUGACAGCCUCUGACAUGGUUUUAGAAAUCGGAGCAGCCUUUAAUAAACUCUUUGAAACCUAAGACCAAAGCAGCAGAGGAAGGAGUAAUACACAACACGGACAGCAACGGAAAUUACAGUAGGAUAUCCAUGCGUAAUGCACCCUUUUUCAAGUGCUGUUAGCGGUCUUGGUAUACUAGGUAGCUUUUAUUUUUUAAAAUAGAAAAAUUGUAGAUAUUUUUUAAAGAGUUUGGAAUACAUUUUUUUUGGCUGAAUAAGCUGUAGUUGCAGAUGUUAUAAUAUAAUAAAACUAAACUGAAAGUAUUUCCUCUGUUCUAUCUCACAGUUAUUGAGCAAUAACUAAGAGUGUGCUAGUAGCAAAAGAUGCACUUAAGAGAUGAAUAAAAAUAAGGGCAUGGUCCAACCAAAGUUAAGCUGUGCAGUUCUAAGGCCUGUUUAGUCCUAAUGAAUUCAGUGGGACUUCCCCCCUAGUAAGUGCAUUUGAGAUUGCAGCUCAAAUCUCCGUUUCAGUGGAAGAAGUAGACAAUUCUGUCUCCCACGGAAAUAAAUAGGAUUUGAAAACACUUAACUUUGGCUGGAUUGUGUCAUAAUAUUCUUCCACCAGCUUAACUUACUUCCUUGGUUUGCACCAACUUCAUCACUGUUUUAGCCUGAGAACUACUGCAGGAUUUCAAUUUUGCACAAGUCUGUGCUGCUUUUGAGACAUGCCAUCUUCAAGGAGGGACUGCAUGAAAUUCGCCUCGAGUCCUAGGUACAGGGGCACUGUUUUUCGUUCCUUGCUUUUUUGAUGAGGGAGGGGUGGGUAUCACUAGUCUUUUUUUAAAAAAAACAACAAACAGGGACAAAGAAGCUGUAGAACAUGGCAUGUGAAAAAUAGAAUUUAUUUAGCUGAAUGUAUUGAAGUUGCACCUACUGAGCUGGGCUAGUUUAGAUCAUAAAAUAUUUGCAGAGAAACCAGAUUAAACCUGUGAUGGAACAUUUUUGGGAGGGUUAAAAAGGGGAAGGCUUUAGGGAAACAACUAAUCAAGGAGCAGCUCCUGCCAUAAGACCUGCACGGCAAUGGUUUUCAGUAGAAAGCGCCCUUCGUGCUUUUGUUUUAACUUUUAAAAGCUGCAGUGGAACACUAAUGUGUGGACACACUUAGAAGAAUCACCAGCAUGUAGUAAUUGAAGAAUGAAAGGGGAAGGGCUGCCCUUUUAAAACUGCACAGCAUUAAUGAACUGGCAGACUACAGGGUAGAGACUAGGUUGUUCACAGUAGCGAGUUAUCCCUACCAUAAUGUUGAGCUUCUUUGUAAUAGAGAUGGGGCACAAGUAUUCCAGAGGAUGUGUGUCAGCUGCUCUAUGUGUAUCCUGCUUAGAUAUGCUGGUUUACUAGAUGCAAACUCACGUUUUGGUAGGAUCUAUGCACGGAGCAUUUCCACUCUAGAAAUCCCACCCCGUAAUGGUUUUAAGAAGGAAAGAUUAUGGCAGAAUACCCUUUGUUUUUACUUGAAUCGCUUGCCGCCUGAUGGCAUUGCAUAUUUACUCGGAAGUAAGCCCCACCAAAUUCAUUGGGACUUACUCCAAAGUAAGUAUAUGGAAAUCUGCAGCCAGAGUUCAUCUAGCUGUUUAACUAGCAUUCCCAUUUGUGUAGGGACAGACUGCUGUUAGGGUUUGCUACAUUAUAGAGUAGUCGUUGCUUAGCAUACACUGUCUACCUGCAACCAGGAUAUUGCUCUGUAUAAAUGCAACGUGCUUAUAACUAACAUUUGGAUGCACUGUGACUACUACCUCAGAAAAAUACAUUUGUUUCCUUUUUUUGUUUUUUUAAUAUAUAUUUUUUUCCACUAUUUAGUUCUAGCAAAGUUCAGAGCACCAAUUCAAACUUUUUAAAGACUUUGUUCGGUCCAUACCGCUUCAGAGCACAAGUUGGGGAUAGCGUCUCACGUUUUCAAAACCAGGAAAAGUGUGUAUGCUUUCCCUUUGCUUCCGAUUAUGUAGACCGUGGCUAGUAUGAUGUACUUUUUCUUUCUAUUGAAAUUGGCUCUAAGAAAAGGUUUAAGCAAAAUGUAUUAUCAAGGCAUGAUUCACUUGUACUGGGCUGAAUCCUACACUAUAGAACCUAGCACUUGGAAGAUCCCAAUAUGGCUCUAGCACCCUGUUCUCCUUGCCUUGCAAUGCAAGGAUGCAGGUUUCACAACGCCUAUUUGCAAUGCUGCUGGGAUAAAGACAAGGCAGGCUGAGACAGACUAUAAAGGAGGCAGGCAGCAUUUUGUUCCGAUAUUUUGGAGCCCUGGGUGGGUGCCUUGUUUGCUCAGCCCUAAGGUCACCACUCCUGGACUUUCUGGCACUAGUCAUUUCCGCUUCACUGUGCCUUGGCUCAUCCCCCACCCUCUCAAAAGCAAAGUAGCAAACAAGGGUCAAUGAAUGAUUAAAUUAAAAACUUGGUCCGAUAGUAACUGGCAGACCCAGAGUAGUUUGCUUUCAUUGGGUGAAGGCAAAAUGCCUGUGCUUGAGAAUGUAAAUAAUGGUUGAAUUGGUUCCUCACUGGAGUUACCUAGAAAAGCCUCCUUUGGCUUCAUGCAUCUGCUAGAGGUACUGAUUCAGCUGCAAGGCAAACCUGCUUCUAUUCAGAUUUAAACAUUACCCUGAGUCUUGGGGAACAGUAAAAUUUCCAAAUUAAAUACAUUAAUUCAAAUAGGCUCGUUUGUGUUAAAUUAUCCAUCCUGAUUUUCUUGUGCUUGCAAGAUGGGGACAGGAGAGUUGAAACUAGACUGUACUACUGUACUACUUGCAAAUGUCCCUGUCCUACAGGGCAGGCGUGGGGAACCUGUGGUGCUCUUGAUGUUGCUGAACUGCAAUUCCCAUCAUCCUUGGCCAUGCUUGCUGGAAGCUGUAGUUCAGCCACCGUGGGCCACAGGUUUCACACCUCUGCUAUAGGCAGUGGGUAGGAGUCAGCAUGACCAAAGCUCUGAACCCUUUUGGGAUCUUCCACAUGUGCGCCCUGCACUCGUGGGGCAAGUGACUCAUAUGCCCAAUAGUUUAAAUCACAGCCAUUGUCUUGGUGCAGUGAGGGAGACAUUAACCAUUGGUGUUGUCAACUGAACUAACCUAUAUCCAUUUUCCAGAACACACUAUCAAAUAGCUACCAUCCUUUAGAACUCAGAUACAAAUGCUGAACAAAAUAGGCAGCAGAAUUUUCAAAGCUAUUAUUUGCAGGGAAGCCAAAUAGGACCUAGGAUUUUCAAACUGAUCGGAACAGUCACUAUCGAGUUGAAUUGCUUGUUGUUUUUUUAAAUUGUAUUACAGAAGUUGCAAAUAAUGUUGUCCACUAGUGUAUAAAGAUUUUACAAUUGAAGCAAUCUGAAGAUGUAGCAGUUGAUUUCUUGAUGAAAUAAAAACGACAGCUUAAACAAC